GUUAUUCUGCGCUCUAGCACACUCAGAUGACAGUGCUCUGAAAUCGGAGUAUAUAGCCUGAGUCAAUUUACGAACGUACCCACGUAUUAGAAAGUACUGUAUCUAGCUAGCAAGCUAGCUAGUUUGGCUGCCGUUGUGAGAUCAGAACGCUCGCUCCGAGAGCGAAACGCUCUGAAUUUACGAACAAACAAUCUGACAACGCUCUAAAUUUACGAAUCGCCCAGACCGCACUCCAGAGUGAAUUUAUUAACGCCAACCCUGGCCUAGUUCAAGAAGAUCGAUCUGAGCUAGGCGCUGCGUGGAUUCGAUUACAAACUACAAUGUGCAUGUGUUCACCACAUGUUGUUUGAUAGUUAAAGCGAUUUACAGAUUAAAUCGUCUAUUCUGUGAACAAAAAUAAAUAGCGGACUGUCUGAGACCUGGACUCAGAUGUUUUUGGCGCAGAUUAUCUCGCUACAUCGACCCUUGUGAACAGGCCAUAGGUUGACGUAGUCACAGAAUUGUCAAUGUCAUGCGCAUUAGGGUUGUUGUUGAGUUUGUUAUGACAGGUUGAGGCCUCGGACUAAAUUAGGAAAGGAACCCUGUCUCUGUCCAGGGAAAUCCGCGAUGGAGGGCAUGGAUUUGGACCUGGACCCGGAGUUAAUGCAGAAAUUUAGCUGCAUGGGCACUACAGAUAAAGACAUCCUCAUAGCCGAGUUUCAGAGAAUGCUUGGGUUUCAACUGAACCCCGCUGGAUGCGCCUUCUUCUUGGACAUGACCAAUUGGAACUUACAAGCAGCCAUCGGAGCCUACUAUGACUUUGAAAGCCCCAACGUCAACGCACCAUGCAUGUCUUUUGUUGGGGAUGUGACGAUCGGGGAGGGGGAGUCUGUGCCCCCUGACACGCCAUUCACUAAGACGUGGAGGAUACAGAACACAGGAGCAGAGUCUUGGCCCCCUGGGGUAUGUCUGAAGUAUGUUGGCGGGGACCAGUUUGGUCAUGUGAACAUGGUGAUGGUGCGUUCAUUAAACCCCCAGGAGAUGGCUGAUGUCAGCGUGCAGAUGCGCAGCCCCCUGGCCCCUGGCAUGUACCAGGGCCAGUGGAGGAUGUGCACAGCCACCGGACUCUUCUAUGGGGAUGUGAUCUGGGUAAUUGUUAGCGUGGAGGUGGGAGGCCUCCUGGGCGUGACGCAGCAGAUGUCCUCCUUCCAGGCCGAGUUCAACACCCAGCCUGCCCGCAACGUAGAGGGAGACUACAACCCCUUCGCCUCACCACAGAAACACGCUGGCAGCCACAACAACAGUCACCGUGACGACAGCGGCCUCAAGGACCCCGCGGACGCCUGGGAGGGUGGCCCGGACCAAAUGCAGCAAGAGCAAAAUGGACUGUCGCACAACUCUGUGAAUAUAGCAACAAACGGGCUCCAAAGCAACCUAGUAACUUACAGCCAGGGUAUUCACGGACCCUAUCCUUUUGGGCAGUCUUAACAUGGGAAACAUCGUCACAGCCAGGCAGCACUGUGUUCCUGGAUUCACACCAACUAUUGAGGGAGGAGGCUUUACUUGUGGCUGGUGGAGUAUCCUGAGAUUCAUACAAACACUUAUGCAAAGUCCCCCCUCCACUUUACUUUACCGCAACACAAACCAGAAGACAAAGCUGCUCUGUUCUCUCCCAGCAUACGACUCAACCAACAAGAUCCGACAUCCAGUGUAUGCAUGUGUGAAUGAUAAGUUAAAAAUGAGAGUGCUACAAAUCUUUUUAAAAGAGAUGAGAUACAAGUUUUUUUUCUGGUCUUUAUUUUUAGUUUUCGUGUCCGAAUGCAGUUGAGACUACAGUGAUGAAAGGAGGAGUGUGUGUUUGCGUUGGAGUGUGCUUGUGCGUGGCUAUGUGAGUGUUUGCGUGUGUUGUGCAAUCUGAAAGAGACAGACUAGGGAGGAAAAGCCAUUUAUUUUGCGUACUGAUCCUCUAGUUCCUAAGCUGACUCUUUUCAUACUUUUUAAAAUCCUAAUUUCACAGUGUAUACUUUUUUAGGGACAAGAGAAUAAUUCAGCAAGUUCAGCAGCCUGAUAAGCAUGUAUUGUUUUUGAUGUUUUUCUGGUAACAACAAAGGAAGAACAGCUUAUUCACAUGCAAAUCCUAUUUGCUGUAGCUUCACUUUUGAUUGUUGGUUGGUUCUGUUACUCUGAAGAUGAGCUACAGUAUAUCCAUCCACUAGAGGGCGGCCUUUAUCAAAAUUGCAGUUGCCCAAUUACCAAUUUGGUUAAAAAAAGAAACAUUUACUCAAAGAACCCUCCAUAUCAGGGUCAAUACUUGGAAAGUAGAUUAUAUCACCACCCUGUAGGUUCAAUUUGUUUUAAUAGGGCUUCAUAAUUUGUUCUGUGAGAUUGCAAAAGUCCACAUGUUGCAAAGCAGUGAUGUUUUUUGCUUUUGUCAUCUUGAGUUGAAUGUAUUUGCAGAAUGUAGAGCUAUGUUGUUUUGAAGCAUUUUUGUUUUAUCUGCCCAAAGAUCUUAUACAUUUGCCUUGAAGACACAGCUUGAUUUAAAGUUUUCAGAUUUUCUAGCCAUUUUUGUUAAUUAUUGUUUAUUCCAAAGCCCAGGAAAAUGAAUCUGUUCUUGAAAUCACAAUUAGUGUCCUCUUGCUCAGACAAUGUUAGACCAAAUCAUUCAUUCAAAUAUAUAGGCCGUCAAUUUAUUAGUCCCUCAAAAGUCUGUUUUAUAGAAUGUUUUAAGUUACUUGCACUAACUGGCUAAUCUCUAUGCACUGAGUAGUUUGGCCUCCAGCCCAAACAUGAGCUAUUUUACUAUUGCUCCUUAUGAUGGCCAGUUAUCUUUAUGCAUCAGUUUCAUGCCUGGGACGUACAGUGGGGAGAACAAGUAUUUGAUACACUGCCGAUUUUGCAGGUUUUCCUACUUACAAAGCAUGUAGAG